GAGCCCUCGCUCAGUGUCGGCGAUUUCCCGCCACCGCCACUCCGCUCGUCUUCCACACCCACUCACUCACCUCCGCCGUGCCCAGUGCUCUUCUGCUGGCUGAGGUACAAGGUGGACUUUCUCGUUCUCAGCUUCAUCUUCUCGUGGGAGCGGUUCUGGAGACCACGGAAAAAGAGGCUGCCGCCGCCGCCCUCUCGCUCCAUCCUGCAUCUGCUUCUAGGUCUGCUGGGGACAGCCAGCCGUCACCGUCCCCAGCCCUGGGUAGCUGAAGCAGCGCGCUCUUCCGCCCACUAAGUUUGGCCUUUGCGAGCUGCCGUCUCUCGCAGGCGCGGAGGUAGCCGGGAAAGGCUAACUUUGUUACGCCCACGCCAGCGGCUGGUUUCUGCUGCGCGUCCCUGUGGCGCAGUGCUGCAUGUUCAGGCAACGCUUCUGCGCUUCGCCACGGGCUAGUCCCUGCUUUCCAGCCUACGUUUCUUUCUCGAGGGAUUGUUGCCCUCCUUUGGCUUCGUGGUCUCUGCGGCUGGCGGUCCGGAAACUGCAGAAAGGAGCCGGAUCUCGCCUCUGCGGGGGCAGGCGGGAGGCGGCGCGGAGCCUGAGCAGAACUGUCAGAGAUCUCUGAGUGAUCAGAAGAGAUAUCCUGGAAACCACCCUUGCACUGUGCGGUGUUUGUUGAAAACAUGUUUGGAAGAUUGACUUUUCCACAACUGCUUUUUGCUACCAUCCUUGGAAUUGCUGGAGGAAUAUAUAUUUAUCAACCAGUAUUUGAACAGUAUUCCAGAGAUCAGAAGGAAUUAAAAGAAAAGUUGAAAUUGGUACAAGACUCAGAAGAGAAGAAAAGUUAAUACUACAUGGAGUCGAACUGUAAUUGCUUAAAGUUCCAUUGAAAUUAUACAUUGACUAUAAAUAAUCUAGUAAAAAGUUAUCAAAUAUAUUUUAAUUGUAAAUAAAUCAUAGAUAAUGAUUUUAAAUUAGUUUUAAAACUAGCACUGUCAAUUUUAAUGUUUCCUGUAUUCUUAUUUGCCAUUUUAUGUCUUUUCACCAGGACAGAUUAGUACUUUCCUUUUAAGCAAAAAUGAAUGUCUUAAGGAAUAUUUUAUUUCCUAGUUGAAGCUUCUUUUUUCUGGGAAUGUGGCCUAUACAUUGGCAGUCUAGACUGUAUAAACUAGCUGGGAAUGUUGUUUACAGUUGUGUUUGUAGAUUAAAUUAACCAAGUUAACUUCAGGCAGGAUGCCCCUCAGUUAGCCUACAAUUAGCCUGCUUUAAUAUACUUUAGAAGUCUUUUAAUCCCAGCCCUUUCUCAUCCCAGGCAGAAUGGCGGAGUAAAUUGAGAAUUGGGGUGGCUCAGAUCAAAUGGAGGUUUUUGAGAAGGUAGGUGGUGUCACAUAGGGUGGCAAACAAGCCACAGCUCUGUUUACUUAACCCACCAAGCAAAUUUGCAUUAUAAUGGUGGUCAGGGAGGAGUUAAUUUAUUAUGAAGCUAUUCACAUAGUUAAAGGGUUUUUUGGAAAUCGCUAAGAACUGAUAUUUAACAACGAAAGCUUAAAUGUAAUCACAUAUGUAUAAAAUGCUUUAAAUCAACUCAUUUCUUAUUAUUGAUUUUUUUGAAAAGUAAAUUCAUUGUAACUUAAUCUAAACUAUGUUGAGACCAGCAUAGGUAAUUAAAAAAAAAAUGUGAAUAAGAAAUUACAGAGUAGUACAUGUUCACCUCAUUAAAAAAACCCAAACAAUACAGAAUGAACAAAGUGAAAAUUACGGUUUUUUAGUAUACAUUGAUUUAAUUAGCACCUUUAAUAGUUUGAGCUUUUGAGACUGAUUUUCUUCUAUGCACACUGAAAAAUAUAUGUAAAUUUAUAACACAUACCAAGUAUCUACUGUGUGACAGGCUUGGCUUGUCUGUCGGUAGACUGGGGUUCUGUUCUGUGUGUCUUCUCAUUGUGGGCCCCAGGCUCAAGGAGUAGCCCCUGUCUAGGAUAUGACAGAGUUUAGGAUUAAGAGAGAGAGAGACUGAAAGGAAACAUGAAUUGUAAAUGUCUGCUCAGCUGUGGCAAAUGUCUCUUCAGAGUCUGCUGGUUUAGAGCAUGUCACACCCAAAGGUGAGGCCAGGGAAAAAGACUCUUCCCACAGGAUACACAGUCAAGUAUUUCUGCCUGUGACCAUAGGCAAGUAUAUAUAUAAUCCUGUUAUCCAAGGAAUGAUAAUCCUAUUUAACAUCAUGCGAAACUGAACUGCUUUUGAUCUUCCUUUUGAGAAGGAUUGCUUUGUCAGUUCGGUAGUCACAUAACAAGUGCCAGGGAAUGAGUUGUUUUUUGUUUUUUGUUUUUUCCAGUAAAGGUACUGCAACCAUUCAAAUCAAAGCCACAGUGAGAUGCCGCUUCACAUACAGUAGGAUGACUACAGUCAAAAAGGGCAAAUAAUGAGUGUUGACAAGGAUGUGGAGAAGUUGAAACCCUCGUAUAUUGCUGGUGAGGAUAUAAAACAGUGCAGCUGCUGUGAAACAGUUUGGAAGUUCCUCAAAAAGAUAAACAUAGUGAUACCAUAUAUGACGCAGCAAUUCUGCUUUUAGACAUAUGUCCCAGAGUAGUGAAAACAUAUGUCUACACAAAAAUUUUGUAAAUGAAUGCUCAUAGAAUCAUUAUUAUAAUAGCCAAAAAGUGAAAAUAACCCAAAUGUCUCAACCAGUGAAUGGAUAAACAUGUUGUGGUAUAUCCACACAAUGGAAUAUUACUCAGCUAUAACAAGGAAUGAAAUACUGAUAUGUGCUGCAACAUUAAUAAACUUUGAAACAUGAAGGAAGUUGAGCACAAGAGGCCAUAUAUUGUAUGAUUCUAUAUGACGUGUCCAGAAUAGGCAAAUGUGUAGAAACAAAGUGUAUUAGUAGUUCCCAGGGACUAAGGGGAAGAAGAGAUAGGGAGUGACUGCUAAUGGAUAUAGGGUUACUUUUUAGGUUGAUGAAAAUAUUUUGGAACUAGAUGGUGGUGAUCAAUGACAGCUUUGUGAAUAUAUUAAAAACCACUGGGCUUCCCUGGUGGCGCAGUGGUUGAGAGUCCGCCUGCCGAUGCAGGGGACACGGGUUCGUGCCCCGGUCCGGGAAGAUCCCACAUGCCACGGAGCGGCUGGGCCCGUGAGCUGUGGCCGCUGAGCCUGUGCGUCUGGAGCCUGUGCUCCACAAUGGAAGACGCCACAACAGUGAGAGGCCCACGUACCGCAAAAAACAAAAACAAAAAGAAACAAAAACCACUGAAUUGUACACUUUAAAGCUUUAUUGUGUGGGAUUAUAUCUCAACAAAACUGUCAGAGAAGAAAAAAACCCACUGCAUCCAGAAUAGCAGCUGCAGUUGAGGUAGUCCAUAGUUUCCUGCCAUAAUCCAUCUAGCAUGUGUGUGUGGUGUAGAAUAUACAUAACAUAAAGUUUACUGUUUUUACCAUUUUUAAGUGUACAUUUCAGUGGCAUGAAAUAUAUUGACAUUGUUGUGUGACCACCAUCACCAUCCAUCCCGAGAAUUUUUUCUGUUUAGUUUUUGCAGGGCACAGAGAGGUGAAUUGAAUGGUGUUAUAGAGAGAACCCCCCCCACACAUAUACUUCAUAUCUUUGAAGGUGGCAUUAACGUCUGCAAUUUUUUGCCUGAAUUGCUUCUAAUUUACUAUUGGAGCCAGGGAAAGCAGAUUUAGGGGCUUUCAGUUGGUCCUUUCUACAAUAACGAUGUGGUAUGGACUGAAUGCUUUUCCCCAUUCAUAUGUUGAAGCCCUGAUCCCCAAUGUGAGGGUAUUUGGAGGUAGGGCCUUUGGGUGGUAAUUAGGUCAUGAGGGUGGAGCCGUUAUCAAUGGGAUUAGUUCCCUUGUAAGAAAAGAGAGAUGCUGUUUCUCUCUCUUGCCCAUGUGAGGAUACAGCAAGAAGGUGGCUGUCUGCAAAUCAGGAAGAAGGCCUCAUCAUACACUGAAUCUGCCAGCACCUUGACCUUGGACACCAUAGCCUUCAGAACUGUAAGAAAAAAAAAUACCUGUUUUUUUAAACCACUCAUUUAAUGAUGUUUUUUUUUAAUAGCAGUCUGAGCAGACUAAGGCAGGGGCUCUUCCUUUAAGGUCAGUGUGAGGUUUCUGCCAGCUACUUGAGUAUAUGUAUGUAUCCUAUGGAAUGUAUCCUAUGGAAUGACAGAGUGGGUCCUGUAAAACAAAUUUGGGCCAAACCUGCACAUAUCACCCUCACAAGCCCCCACUCUAAACUGACGGACUGUGGUAGCAUUUAGAGUUCCCUUGUACCAGUUUCAACUCAGAUCUUGCAGUCAUCAAAGUCUGAAUUCCUCUUUCCCCAAUGCACAUUUAUCCUGGUUGAAGGCCUUGGUCUCUUGGUAGGAGCAGAGGAAAGUUUACGAUAUAAUUCUUGUGGCAUUGGUAUAAUUCUUGUGGUAUUCACCUUCCUCAGGUGAAUACAUCUUCAGUCAUUGACUCUAAGUCUGUGAAAUGACUUAAACCAGGAAACUGGUGAAAGACCAUGAUUGCCAUUGUGGAGACUGACAGCCUUCUGCUCACUAGUUCUUGAUUUUCUUUAAAAAAUAUUUGAGUCAAGCAACACCCCUUCUCUCCUGAAAACAAAAACACCCCAUCUAUCUUUUCCUUCAGAACACCAUGACCUAUAAGCCACCAUCACAGAUCUCUGUGGGUCAAGACACCCUGGUUGCACCCCAGCCUGGCUUCCCAUUAUAGUACUUAUGGCCUGCCAUCUGUUCUUUGCCAUUUGGGCAUUCUUUUGUUUCUAAUUGAUACUCAGGAGUCCUGUUGCAGCAGCAUCUUCUGUCAGUCUCAGCUCAUAAAGGACAUCUACCGUUGUGCUUUUCAGAGAUGUCAGUGGCCUCCUCACCAGUGCCUCAGUGAAAGGAGUAUCAUCAGGGCCUUCCCAGGUAACGUAAUCAGGUGGUGGUUCUGCAGUCUCAUCACAAAUCCAUUCUAACUCCAAGAUCAGGAGGGCAAGAUAGGGAGAAUAAGAGAAUUAAAGGGGGAAAGCCUAAACAAUGGUAGAUUUUCAAGGGGGCCACUAAACUUGAUCCUAUGGGAUUUCCUGAAGAGAAUUCUAAAAGCUUUUUAGAUAUUAUUUUGAAAUAAUUUCAGACUUAAAUAAAAAGUGCAAAAAUAGUACAAAGAAUUUUCAUAUACCUGUUAUCCAGAUUCCACACAUGUUAACGUUUAACCGCAGUUGCUUUAAUCUCUAUAUAUGUGUGUGUAUGUCGAUGCACACACACACAUUGUUUUUCUAAACCCUUUGAGAACAAUAAGUUGCCCAUGUGAUUCCCUUUUACCCCUAAGUAUUUCAGUGUGCAAUUCCUAAAAACAAGGAUAUUCUCAUUUAUAAAUAUAGUAUAAUAAUCAAAAUCAGGAAGUUAAGGUUGAUAGGAUAUUAUUAUCUCAUCUCAGAUUUUAUCCAAAUUCUACCAAGUCCCAUUAAUGUCCUUUAGAGCAAGACAAAAUUUUUUUUCUGGUCUGGGAACUAAUUCACGAUUACAUAUGAGUUUAGUUGUCAUGAUUCUUUGGUUUCAUUUAUUCUCAUUCCUUAGUCACUGCCUUUCAUGAUCUUGAAAUUUUUAAAGAAUACUGGUCUGUUUUGUAAAAUUUCCCUUAAUUUGGGUUUGUUUAAUGCUUCCUCAUGAUUAGAGAGAUUCAGGUUAUACCUUUUUGGUAGGAAUACUGCAGAAAUGAUCUGUCAGUAUGAUUCACAGAUUCCUAUUUUGUUCAGUGAGUUACAGUCUAUUACUGUCACCAGUGCUAGCCACAUGAUUUGUGGGGCUUAGUGCAGAAUGAAGAUGCACAGCCCUGGGUGAGGAUGAGAAAGUCAGUCUCCUCUUCUCAUGGACCCACCACUCCAACCCAUGGUGAAUGUGCACCCCCCAGGGAUUGUAGCCUCCAUGAUGGGGUGCUCUUGAUUCCUGGGUGGUGGUGGCAGGAGCCCCCUGCUGAGUGGCACAUAGAAUGUACUGUGGUGCUACCAGGUAGUGAUACCUGCCUUCUUGCCCGCCCCAUGGUGCCAUGGGGCAUGGACUCAACCCUGAUCCCUUCUGCUCUCACAUCCACGCUCCUGGCCAGGUGGAAGGUGAUGGCGGAAUGUGAGCCUCCCCCAGCCAAGGUGACUUAGUCACUGCCCUGGAGUAAGGUAGUGAAUGCAAGGCUGGGUAGAGCCCAGGGGACCAGGGGGUGAGGAGUGGGCAGUGGCAGGAGUCAGAGCCAUGUGUCUGCAGAGGCUUCAAGCCUCCAGCAUCCUCCAUUGUGCCAUCAGAUUUCACUUAUAAAACACGAAUUCAAAGGUAAAAUUAUUAAGAAUUUUAAGACAGUGACUGCAGAGCAUUAAAAUUCUGAGUGCAGGGCCCUGUGUCAAGUUCUAGUUCCAUGCCCAUGAAGACAACCCUGACAAUCACUACACGUUCAAAUUGUCCCAGAUUUGGCUGGUUGGAGUCCUUUCAAGCUGGCUCCUGUAUUCUUUUUUAAUGUUUAUUUCAAAUAUAAAAUGUAAUGUUUAAGCAUUUUCUGAAAAUAAUUUUGUAGUUUAACAAGUGUAAAAUAAGACUUCUUAAAAAAGUUUACAACUAGGUAUAAAAUAAGAAUAUACUUUGACAUUCACAGUGGACAUUUUUGAAAGGUAAGUUUUGUUAAUGUAGCUUAUAAACAAAAAUAUAUUGACAGUCCUAGUUAAAAUAAGCAAGCUCUUAGCUGAGGAAUAAUCCUCCCCCAGAUGGGUCUGUGUCCUUUUGAUAUGUCCUUGUCAUUCUCUGAGCACUUCUUUACUUUCUGGCUCAUCCUUUUCUUAGACGAAGCUUUGACUCUAGGAGUUUGGUUCUUUUUUAAAAAUUGAAACAAAAUUCACAUAACACAUUUUAAAGCAUACAAUUCUGUGGCAUUUAGUACAUUCACAAUGUUGUGAAACUAUCACUUCUGUCGAGUUCCAGGACAUUUUCAUCACCCCAAAAGGAUGAUGUACAGUAAACAGUCAUUCUCUAUUCCUCUUCCCUGCAGCCCUGGCAACCAGUCUGCUUUCUGUCUCUAUGGAUUUACCUUUUCUGGAUGUUUCAUUUAAAUAGAAUCAUACAGUAUGUGACCUUCUGUGACUAGCUUCUUUUACUUAGUAUACGUUCAAGUUUCAUUCAUGUUGUAACAUGUAUUAGUGCCUCACUCCUUUUUGUGGCCAAGUAAUAUUCCAUUGUAUGGAUAUACCACAAUUUCUUUAUCCAUUCAUCCAUUGAUGGAUGUUUAGAUUGUUUCUACCUUUUGGAACCUUUUGGAGUAGUGCUGCUAUGAACAUUUGUGUACAAGUAUUUGUUUGAAUACCUGUUUUCAAUAAUUUUGGCAUAUUUCUAGGAAUAAA